CAAUUAUGCAUAAAAUUUGUAAUAAUGAACCCUAAAAUAUAUUUGAAAUGCCACUGAACCUAUUUGGAGACAAACGCCCGAUAAGCCAUAUGUUUUUUUGGUCGUGUCCAUCCAGCAGUCCUCAUCUUUAAAAUAACCUAGGUUGAGAGAUUGGGCAAGUUGGCAUUUCGGUGAGAUCGUUGACCAGGUAUUUCAAAGCUAGAGAGCCGCCAGCCAGACAGACAGACGGCCCACUAACCCGUCCUAGGGACCUAACCCGUCCCAGUAAAAAUCAAGCAUCGGGGAUCCUUGCAUGGAUCCCAAACAGGGAUAAUCAUAUCCAUGCAUUCGUGGCAUACGUGAUUGAUUCUUAGUGUGUUUGAUCCUCGUAUGUGAUGACUUCGGUGAGCCUCGCCGAGGCGGGUCCGCUGCCUUCGGAGGGUCAGGUGGGCCCCGACCAGGAGGACUUGACGAGUGCCAUCCAAGACCCCAAUGAAGAGGACACGGAGCUCCGGGAUCUGGUCACGGAUCUGCUCCAAUCUCAAGGCAUCUUAGGAACACUCAAGGCUCAACUGAGGUCCAACGUGUACCUUGCCCUGGAAGAUCCAAAGGGCGGGAAGGAAGUUUCACAAAGGUCCUCUGAAAUCAACCAAGCUCUUCAAAGUUAUAGCAAGUCCACGGAUGGACGGCUCGUUCUGCAUUUGAUUCGCGAAUUCUUGGCCUUUUUCAAUCUCAACUUCACACUCAGUAUCUUUGAGCCCGAGGCCUUAGAAGCCUGUGGCCUAGGCAUGAAAAGUCGAGGCCAACUCAUCGAAGGUUUGGGUCUGAAUGAAUUGACCAACCCGAAAUUGCCACUUCUAGCCGAGAUUCUCCGACUGUCCAAAGUAUCCGUUCUAAAAUCGGAAACUCCGACACUCUCUGAAAGAACUGAAGAUGAAUCCCCAAACACCAGUUCCAUUGAAUCCGGAUUGACCCAAAAAUCGUCCUUGUUUCGCGACAAAUCCAACCCUGAUAUUUCUCAACCCGCAUCUAAUGCAUCUACACCUUUUUCAUCGCUGAAUCUUUCUCGAGGAGGAAUAGAUCAUGCCUCGAAAUCUCCCAUGAAAGAAACCCCUCCCGCUUCAGAAACCAACAACUUGGGAAAAACCAAAGAGACCGACAGCAAGGCUGGUUCAACUUUCAAGUCAUCGAUUCCCCGAUCUGCUCUCAAUAGUGGCCGAAUCGGCUUGGACAGUGGAAGUACGGGACGUUCGAGGUCUUCACUCUCGAAGGAGUCGCCUCCGAGCUCAUCAGAAUCCCUGUCCAAUCUAUCCAAUCCAAAGGAUUCGUUCGAGGGCAAGAUGGAUACCGAGCCCGUCACCAUGAUUGCCCAGGAAUCCAAACGGGACCUACAUGAAAAGAAAUCGCCCAAUGCAGGGUCAUCUCUGUCCGAUUUACCUAAACUGGGCCAUUCGUCCCUAGGGAAUCUACCACCUUUAGGCGGGGGAUUGGCCGCAGGGUCGGGUAGACGGUCCUUGGCACCAUUGAAAAAGGUUCCAAGUAUUAGUGACGAGUUGAGCAAAGUGGAUGACAAGAUUUUAACCAAUACCACAGAAAAAACGGAGCCAACAGUUCAAUCCGAGCCAGCGACGAAACCUCCGGCAUCCAAAACCCAGUCAUCACUAUUCUCGGCCAAGUCUCAGAUAGAGGAUCCAGUUCGGGAACAAAACAAUGAGGAGGAUAAUGCCAUCGAUGAAGAAAUCGACGAAUUCCUGAAUAGCAGUGGUCCUUCAGCCUCCGAGGACUUCACCAAAGACGAGACCGUGUCCGAGGAAGAUAGCUUACGAGUCGAUUAUAAAGAGGCAAUUUGAAUGCAAAACCAUAGCCGUCAAAUAAAUCUUGGUGGUAUACCGAAUAGUAAACUGGA